AUGGAGCCCGAUCAACUGAAAGAGAAGCUGCACGUCGAUAAGGAGAAGCUCAAGCAGCAAUUUGAUGUCUCCCAUUUCGGCCUCAAUUCCGUCUUGAGGGGUGCCCAGUUGACCUUUGUUGGAGCCCACCGAGCGCUUCAGAAUCCCGGUAUAUUUACCUCCGAUCACUAUAAACAGGCUGCUGCUGCUGUCUUUGCCGGCCUGGCCAUCCGCCUCAUCGUUUCCAUUCCCAUUAUCGGUGUUCGGGUUCUGCUAUGGUUUCUUUCUUUCGCCAUAAACCUUGAACAGGUGACCUGGGACAAUCAGAUCGUGGAAGGACUGAACUUUCUCGAAGAAUACGUUCUCCAAGUUCCGUUCUUCCUCAUGACCCUCAUGCGCUACGUCACGCCGACCCUCGAUAACCUAUUCAUGGAUUCGCUCCAGUGGGUCGAUCUGACGUACGUUCAGAAACACAAGCACGAGAACCCCGACAACCUACGCAACAUGUAUUACCCAAACCUCAAAGGCUACAAGGUCAAGGACGGCAGCACCCACACCACGAGUACGGCCGAAGCGUUAUCGAUGUUCUUCAUGCGAUUCGCUCGCAAAGCCGGCAUCUCUCUGGCCAUCUUCGCCUUAUCAUAUGUGCCUUAUGUUGGUCGCUUUGUCCUGCCAGCCGCCAGUUUCUACACGUUCAACAAGGCAGUCGGCAUGGGACCGGCAUCCAUCAUCUUCGGGACCGGCAUCUUCCUACCGAGACGCUAUCUCGUGAUUUUCCUGCAGAGCUACUUUUCGUCGCGAACCCUGAUGCGCGAGCUGCUUGAGCCGUACUUCUCACGAGUGCACUUCACCAAGGACCAGAAACGCAAGUGGUUUCACGACCGCGAGGGCUUGCUCUUCGGGUUUGCGUUGGGAUUUUAUACGCUCAUCAGGAUACCUCUUGUCGGAGUUCUCGUCUACGGCAUUGCCGAGGCCUCGGCGGCCUACCUCGUCACCAAGGUCACCGACCCUCCCCCGCCGUACAGCGAGUCUGCUGGCUUUGCAGCCAGUCAGCAGACUUGGACGAAUAAGCACGAGUUCCUGAGCUUGGAGUUGUCCAACCUGGAUUCCAUGCACCACAGGUCCAAGCAAAACAGUGGGCAGGCCCAGAGUGACAUACCAAUCCCCUCUGUAGAGAAAGCCAGCCAUUGA